AUGGUAGAGGAUCAUAGCAGGAAGGUUAAUAAUAUAGUGGUGUUGAGAGAGUUCGACCCGAGCACGGACUGUGAAGGGGUUGAAGAAGUCGAGAGGAGAUGUGAGGUGGGUCCCGGCGGUGAGCUCUCCCUCUUCACUGACCUCCUCGGCGACCCAAUUUGCAGAGUUCGUCACUCUCCGGCCUAUCUCAUGUUGGUGGCUGAGUUGGUGGGGGAGGAAGAAGAGGAGAAAGAGGUAGUGGGAAUGAUUAGGGGUUGCAUCAAAACCGUUACAUGUGGCAAGAAGCUCUCCAGAAAUGGCAAAAACGUUACCCAUCACAACAAAAACGACGACGUACUCGACGACACCCUCAAGCCCCUCCCGGUUUACACCAAGCUCGCUUACAUCUUAGGCCUCCGCGUCUCUCCUUCUUACAGGAGGAUGGGAAUAGGGUUAAAGCUGGUGCACAGAGUGGAGGAGUGGUUCAGAGAGAACGGAGCUGAAUAUUCGUACAUGGCCACAGAUAACGACAACAAACCCUCCAUAAACCUCUUCACCGACAAAUGCGGCUACUCCAAGUUCCGUACUCCCGCCAUCCUCGUCAACCCGGUCUUCGCCCACCGGGUCAAGCUCUCCUCCCGCGUCCACGUCAUCACGCUCUCCCCCUCCGACGCCGAGUCCCUCUACCGCCGCCGAUUCGCCACCACCGAGUUCUUCCCCCGUGACAUUGACGCCGUCCUCAACAACCGCCUCUCCCUCGGCACCUUCCUCGCCGUGCCACGUGGUACCUUCACCGCCGGAACCUGGCCCGGGUCGGAUCAGUUCCUGGCCGACCCGCCCGAGUCCUGGGCCGUCCUCAGCGUCUGGAACUGCAAGGACGCCUACACCCUCGAGGUCCGCGGCGCGUCGCGCGUGAAGCGGACCCUCGCGAAGACGACGAGGAUCGUGGAUCGGGCCCUACCGUGGCUGCGGCUGCCGUCGGUGCCGGAGCUGUUCAGGCCGUUCGGGUUCCACUUCCUGUACGGGCUCGGAGGAUCCGGCCCACGCGCGGAGAAGUUCGUGAAGGCGCUCUGCGGCCACGCGCACAACCUGGCGAAGGAGCGCGGGUGCGGGGUGGUGGCGACGGAGGUGUCGAGACGCGAGCCGCUGAGAUUAGGAAUUCCUCACUGGAAGAGGCUAUCGUGCGACGAGGACUUGUGGUGCAUCAAACGGCUCGGGGAAGACUACAGUGACGGGUCCGUCGGUGACUGGACCAAAUCGCCACCUGGGAUGUCCAUUUUUGUCGACCCCAGAGAGUUCUAA